GUCGAUUCAUUCAAAGUGGAAUCAGACACCCACAGUUCAACUAAUCGCAAGGAUUAGACUUAUUCUUACUACAGAAGAGUGGAUUAUAUACUGUUUAACGUUCAAAAUGGCACCUUUUUAAGCCUGACGUUACGAAGCUGCACAUGCCAGAAAACGAUUCAGUGAGAUUGUAUAUUUUGCUUGACCAGGCUUCACUAGAGUCAGUUAAGGCAUCUAGUGGGAAAGAGUUCCAACUACUUAAUCCUGAUAGACAUAAAGAUCGGAUUUUAAAGGCCGGUGUUGAUGUUGCCACAGUUCGUCCAGAUAUUACCCAUCAAUGUCUACUCAUGCUACUUGAUAGCCCAUUAAACCGAGUUGGCAAACUGCAGGUUUUUAUUCGAACAAGAAAAAAUGUGAUAAUUGAAGUGAAUCCUAAAACAAGAAUACCACGUACAUUCGAUCGAUUUUGUGGGCUUAUGGUGCAACUUUUACACAAACUUUCAAUACAUGCUGAAGGUGGCAAUCGUGAGAAACUAUUAAAGAUCGUCAAAAACCCUGUAACACGACACUUUCCAAUCGGUGCUCCAGUUAUUACAAUGUCGUUUUCAUCAAAGGAACAAAUUAAACCAAUUCAACUAGCUGAAGAGACACAGAAACCUAACCCUCAAUCAGUUGUUAUUGUUAUUGGUGCAUUAGCCCAUGGUUCAGUUGUCGAUACUUGUAAAGAGUUUACACAACGUACAGUCAGUAUUAGUAACUUUCCUUUAUCGGCCGCUCAGACAUGCGCUCGAAUAUGUACUGCAUUCGAAGAAGUAUGGUGUGUUGAAGAUAUUUUAAGUGGAGUAAAAACGCAAAUAGAAACCUGAUACGUUAAAAUGACAUCAGUGAUAUGUAUGAUAAUAUUUAUUUGUAAAUAAAAGACUUGCACCUGUUAUUGUAUUGCAAAAUGAAGUACAUGUAAUUAAUUGGGAGAUUUAACUGUUUGUUAUCAUUUUCAAUAGUCACCAGAAACACCCUCAAAUAUGAAAAAUAAGCUAUGAUAAAAGAAUAAUGUAAACCAAACACACCGUUCACAGGUUAAUAAAUACGCUUCAUCACAAAGAAAAAGUCAUGUAAACUCUGAUCACAUAGUUAAAUGACUGAAAGUCAACAAAAUAAUUAUUAUUAGAUGUACUUAAUUUAUUCGUUGACAGGCAUAUAACCAAAAUUAAAUAAUGCUACUAUUUGAAUUUGUUUGAUUUCAUCAGCUGGGGGUAAAACACGUUGUUCUAAUGUUGUAGAAGCAGUGGCAGUUGUUGCUGACAAUAUUGAUGUUUCAGUGGUUGUAGCUGUUUCUGGAAUCUUUCCUUGUGUUUUGGUAGUGUCAGUUGCCACUGUUUUAUUACUCGCUGCACUUAACAGAGUAGUUGAUGUGUUUUUGUAGUCGAAAUUCAUG